UCAUAAUGACGAUCAGAUAAACAUAGUACAAGAAUUAUAGACUUGUUGGCAGCACGUCUGUACAACUUUGAUAAGACGGAUCUGUCCAUUUAUCAGUAAGCUGCGGAUGUUAUAUGGUUUCGGAAGCGUCGUGGCAAACCGACUAUGAUUUUUGUGGAUGUGGACGGAAAUAUAAAGAAAAAUUCUUAUCUAAAAUUAUGACGACUCGUAUAAUAUCAUAAAUCAAAUCUCUCUCGUUCGCGCUGUACUAAUACUGAUCUCCUGAAGACAAUGGCCAGGCUACAUUUUAUUUGCAUUACAUUCGCAAUAUGUAUCUGCGUACUUCCCAGUUUAGCUAUGCCACACUUAAAAUUAGUGCAAGUUCUGUUCGCACAUAAGUUGUACGCGCCGUGGGAAAACGAUGCGGAAAUAAACGAGACCAGCAUCCCGGAAACUUUAUCGUACGAAUCCUUCAUUUCUGCCGCAAUAAACAUACCAAUGGAUUCUGAGAUAAAAUUGUACAAUCUUGGGAUGUAUUUGCGCAAAGCCUACGACAAAUUUUUAGGCGACAUAUAUACGCCUGAAAUUACAAAGACACAAACGACGGAACAUACCUUGUCCAUCUUAUCGGCCCAACUUGUUAACACUGCCUUGUGGCCUCCUGCGACAGAUCAAAUGUGGAUUGAAAAUUUUCACUGGCAACCAAUACCAAAUGACUAUCUGAAAGUGAAAGAAGAUACAUUGAUGCUAGGUUUUCUGUGCCCAAAUUUUAUUUCACAAAUAAAUCAAGUGUUGCAAACAAACGAAACGAGGGAGAUAUUAACAUGGUACCAACCUUUGUUUGAUCAUCUUUCUAAAUACACUGGAAGAAAUAUCAGCAUUCCAUCGGACGUGGCUCUUUUGUAUGCUACUUUAGAAACAAUGGCAAACAGAAAUGAUAUGUUGCCGAAUUGGGCGACUGACGUAUUUCCUGAUGGUUCAAUGUACAACGUCACCUUAUUGGAGUACGAUCUACUUUCGAUGACUCCUCUGCAGAGGCAAUUGAAUGGUGGAACCCUUUUAGGAGAGAUUAUAGGUAAUUCCCUGAAGUAUAUAGUGGGUGAUAUACCUAAGGAACGAAAAAUGAUGUUAUACAGCGGAGACGCGAGAAACAUCGUUGGGAUUCUGAAGAAUCUUAAUCUUUGGUCGCCUCAUAUUCCUAAUGAGGCGGCUGCGUUAAUAUUUGAAUUGUACUUCGAUAAUGAUACGAAUACUUACGGAAUAAAGAUUAAUUAUUAUACGGACAUCGACGACACAAUAAUUGUUUUAUCGCUGCCAAAUUGCGCGGACAUAUGUCCACUGCAGACUUUAAUAAACGCCACUAUCGAUCUAAUACCUCGGGACUCGCGAUCUUUAUGUGGCUGGUCUACUGAGAACUUAAUAAAAACGAAAGAUCAAUUGUCGGAGAAAGAAUUUAACUCAUCGAUUUACAAUAAAUCCGUUUCUAAUUGGAACAAAAAUUUAAUAUUUAUUAUAUUAUCAUUUUCUGUAGCUAUUUAUAUUUAAAGUUAAAUAACCGCGUU